UCCAUUGCCCUCGUCUCUCCUUUGACGUCACUUCCGCUUCCUUCCAGAAAACAUGGCGGCCUCCUCCGUUCGCGUCCUGUCGAAGAUCAUUCACGGACACUUCCUCCCGGCUGCUGCAGUCCGGCAUCAAACCAGCAGUUCACGGGCUCGAGUCUCAGCGGUGCCGUGUCCUGCGGUGUCGCUCGCAGAGGAGCCGGACGCGCUCUAUCAGAAGCUGUCGGUGCGGGUCAAAGGUCACGACAGGUCAGUGCUGGACAGCUAUGAGUUCUUCGUGACGCUGGCGGCUCGAGAGCUCGGCCUGAAGCUGGAGAAAGCGUGUGAGCCGCCCAAACACACGGAUAAACUGGCGCUGCUGAAGUCCGUGCACAUCUUCAAGAAGCACCACGUGCAGUAUGAGACCAGGACGCAUCACCGCUGCAUCGAGAUUUCCAGAGUAACCGGGUCGAGCGCUCGGGUUUAUCUGGAGUAUAUUCAGCGUAAUCUGCCGGAGGGCGUUGCUAUGGAGGUCACCAAGACCUCUAUUGAGAAGAUCCCAGAACACAUUCAGAAACCGCUGUGGGACGACUGCAAGCUGGAGCCGUCUGUUUAGAAGCGGCAGCACUAGAUGUGUUUCUCAAAUACAAAGAGCCAGAGCUGCGUGUUUCUGUUCCUGUCCACUGAAACCAGACUCUGUAAACCAUGAGAUCUGAAUAAAUCAGCUUUCCAUUGA